AUGGACAAGGUUGUUGAGAAACUACGGAGAAUAGCUAGGAUCAAUCGCAGAAAUCCAGACUCGCGUAUUUGCGAUAUAUUCGUCAGUAACAUGGAGGCACCGGACAAAAUUCAAGAAUCAGCGACGCUGCUCGAUCUGUUCAAAACGCCACGGUUGGCGAGAAACACUAUUCUUCUAGUUGCAUUCUGGUGUUUCACCCUGAUCUCGUUCGACGGUCACGUGUAUUCAUUAAAACUUAUCCAGAGCUCGGUGUUCGUGUCGUUCUCGAUCGCCUGUGCCACAGAACUUCCAGCUGGGUUAUUACUCGCCCUGUUGCUCGACCGAUGGGGUUGUAGACUCUGCGGAUUUCUCACGAUGGCAAUGACCUGUGUACUCAGUAUCGCUGAACUUAUGCUGCAUUCCAUGCUCGCGAAAUUAGUAAUGUCAAUAUUGUCGCGAUUCUGUCUGAACAUGGCAGCCAAUGUUGGUCUUCAGUAUGCAGCAGAACUUCUGCCCACGCCAGUCAGAUCGCAGGGCGUAUCUUUCAUUCAUAUUUUCGGAAUAGUUGCACACUCUUUGGCGCCAUAUAUCACUGACUCGGCUGCAAUUUGGGAGGGAUUUCCAAUGCUCAUUAUCAGCACGGUGUCCUUUUUUGGCGCUGCACUGGUUUUGUUCCUGCCGGAAACUGUCGGCCAGAAUCUUCCUCAGACUAUCAAGCAAGGCGAAGAAUUCGGAAGGGACCAACAUUUCUGGUCGUUGCCUUGCUACCAUAAGACACACUUCAAUGGACAUCAACACUAUCACUCCUGUGAACGAUAAUUAUCUGAUUUUUAAUAAUAAUUCAAUUAAAAAACACGAAGGAGGAUUCGUGUUUUUUUAGAAGUAACAAUAUUACAAGCGGAUCAGUCUGACGAUUUUUGUACGAGAAAAAAUCGGAACAUAUUAUUUUUCUAUUCUCCUACAUUAAUUUUUAUUUUUAUCGUUUACGUUUAAGAAUUUGUAAGCCUUAAUUCUAAAAAGAGCGAGCAAGUUAAUGGAAAAAUUUCACUUAACUAUUCGCGUUAAUUUCUUCCGUUUAACUUUUGGGAAAUGCUUCGUUAGCUUCGGGAAUAUUCCAACGAUUCGUUUUACGUACAAAAUAAGCAUGAUAAAUAUUACAUCACGGUAAUGAAAACUAUUGGCGUAAUACCUAAGAUAAAGAUGCAGAGACAUUCUUAGAAUUUCUAAUGACACCUUUAUAGAUUUCUCGUUUAAUAUCGCUAUUACAUUUGAAUCACUUUUACCUAACGGUGUCACAUAGUCUCGUUGGAAAUUCGUCAAAUUCCUUAAAGUGAUCACUGAAAAUUUUCCUAAAUUUCCAAGAAUUUAUUUAUCACGAGGUAAAGAAAAUGUGUAUUAGAAAGAUGAGAUCGAAGGUUUACCAUUUUUUCAAUUAUGGCGAACGCAAUAUGUAAUCAAUGAAAAUUUUAUAUUUUCACGUUGAAAGUUUCUUCAGAUAAUUAUUAUCCAGAUGAUGACUAACUCUUACGAAUUAAUGCAUGUCUGUAGGAUAAUCCGGUAGACUUGAUCCGCUUUUUAUAUCGAAAGUUGAGCAAUCGGUGACGCGUUCUUAUACACCGAACCGCGAAAAGCAAAAUUUCAUAUGAUCUCACCAAUUUCGGAUGUCAGUCAAAUCAGUCAAAUCAGUCAAAUAAUAAGUUCGCGUUAAUAUGCACGUUCGAUUUUUGAGAAGCUUGUUCAAUUUAAUAAGAGUCUUGGUAACAGGCUUAUGUUUUUAGACCUAAUUGGUUGUUUUCAUUUACAAGUACCUCGUGUUAAAGUACUCAUAAAAUGACAUUAAAAUCAGAAAACUAAUAACUGAAAGAUGAUCAUUUUUCCUCUGUGGUAGUUUACAUAUAACAUAAUGCAACUAACAUGUCACGAUUAAUGCAAAAUAAAUAAAUUACUAAUAUAGACAUUUUUUUAGUAAUUUGUAUAAUCGUGAAACGAAUUGGACUUUCUAAAGGCAAAUAUUAAAGGAAACAUGGAAUUGAUGCCAAAUCUAUCACAAAUAUUAUUUAUACUACUUAUUUGCGCAGUUUGAAGCGAAUCAAAUUGAUGAAGGUUUCUUUGUUACAUGUUAAUUUACAUUUUAAAAGACAUAACAGGCACGCUAAUUAGUUUGCUUAAGAUACUUUCGAGAUACCAAGUUAGACGCGUUUCCAUGAAAUCAUAUCAAUUUUACGAUGAUAUUUUUCUAUCAAGCAUGCAAUUAUAACCGUAUCGUUGAUUAGUGCAUACAAUUAUCCAUGUACAUUCGUCUUUCCGAGUACCGCGCUUCAAUAUUGCUAAUUUCAAAUUCGUACAUUAAUGUUCGUAAAUGCUUGAAAAUGCUAUAUAACUGUAUCAGCUUCUGUUAAAAACAUUUUAUAGUAAAAUCUCUAUAAAUUUGUAGUAUUUUUUAGACAAUUUGAAUUCAUUAUAUUAUACAUCAUACAUUCUAGUCAUUUCUAAUUAAGUUAUUUUUGCGAUGUUUAAUUAUAUUUUAUGUAUAUUCUUAUAACUCUCUAUGUUACGGCGCGUACGAUGGUCCGUGCGCCGUCUGAAGCUUUAUACUAUAUACUGAUCUACUACAUACUAUAUACUAUAAACUGAAUCCUUUGACGUAAUCUUAAUAGCUUGAAGGAAUCUCUAACCCUGUAAGUGUUUUCGGUUUAUGGAUGGUCCUUAGAACAAUGCUUAGGUUUAUUGCGCACUCUUACAAAUAACGGAGAAAGCGGGUAGUUAUUUUUCCAAUAAACAAUGUCACCCACGAGCCACGUUGGUAGGAGGCUUCCUCCUCCUAUUUUCAUUCAUUAACGUUGGCUAUAAUCAAUGGGCACCCCCACUUUCCUAACGAAAAGUGUGAACAACGAAUCCGCGUUCUUCGUUCAGAAAGCACACCCACACUGAGAUUUCCUCUCGUGGCGGCACACGAGAACGCAAAUCUCACCACUCGAAACCAACUAGUGUCGGACGACGGCAGCGCAGUGGUUAGCGCCAUAGAGUACAAACGUUCGGAUCCCGGGUUCAAAUCCCGGCGCCUCGUACUUUUCCAAAGUGCGAUUUUUCUUCCACGACAUCUAAAUAAGAAGAAAAUACAGCAGUACUACACCCCGGCAAGCGACAUCUACAGCCAGCAGCCUACAAUUAUCACGGAUAUAUGAAGGAAGAUGGAGAAAAAGAAGAAAAAAAGUGUGUUUCGUCCAGAGCCUGCUAGUGGACUCAUCAGUAAGGCUUACCUAGCAGGCUCAUGCCUUAGACACAAUGGAAGGAGGGGGAAACAAAGCUAUGUACAUGGCAGAGACAUUGAAGACGGAUUCCUCCCUCCCACGGCCGGACACUGUAUCCAAGGCCGGUCGGAUCUCCUACCCUCUCUUGCGACGUAUCCCAGUGGAGCGGCCCCACUCUUAAUCUAGUUUGGUGGGAAAGGUUCGCGUACACACCGUGUGUAAGAACUAUUAAAAA